CGACGACGCGCGGGAUUGCAGGGGGUCGAGGCAUGCAGGCUCAGUUUGGGCGGCGUGCGGAUCUCGUCCGGUUGGGGCGGCGUGCAGAGGGAGCUGCGGCGCACUAGAGAAGGCGGCCGAUGGUGCGGCGGCGGGGAGGUCGGCCGGCGAUGCGUUGGGCAACAAGUGGGGAACCGCGUCUCGGCGGCUAGAUCCACACGCGUGGGUUGCAGGCGGCGGCGGCGGGUGGGGGAGGCGGGUCGCCGGUGGGUGGGUAGUGGGGAUCGAUGUGCGGGAGGUGGGGGACAGACGACAUUUUUUAUUGUUCGGUCGAGUUCCUACAUAGGGAGUUAUCAGAUCAUAUGAUUAGAAUAAUAUUGUCCUAUAUAUAUGAAACAAAAACACACCCAUUCCUCCCGAGCCUCCCUCCCAGCACGCCGACCGCCUCCCUCCACGCCGCGCCGGUUGCCUCCCUCCCAGCGCGCCGGACGCCUCCCUCCACGCCGCGUCGGCAGCCUCCCUCCCCGCCGCCUCCCUCCACCCCUACGCCGCCGUCCUCCCUCCACCCCAGCGCCGCCGUCCUCCCCUCGUCGGCCUCCCCGCCGCCGGGAUCCACCCCUUCCCCGCGUGCCUCCUCGCCGCCGGGCGCCGCCCCCUCCAGCGUGCACCUCCUCGCCGCCGGGCGCCGCCCCUCCUAAGCGCACCUCCUCGCCGCCAGGUGCCGCCCCUCCUGAGCGCGCCUCCUCGCCGCCGGGUGCCACCCCUCCUCCGCGAUCCUUCUGGCCGCCGAGUGUCGCCCCUCCUCCGCGAUCCUUCUCGCCGCUGGGUGCCACCCCCUUCUCUCCGCCGGACGCCGACCCCUCCCUACCGUCGGGCGUCCGCCGUUGGGAACUAGCGCCCAGCACCAUUGUCUCGAUGUGCCGUCAUGUUGUUUCGCACGGGAGGUAUUGGCCUCCUUCACCCGCCGGAUUCGACCAUCCCCUUUUGUUCACCUCCGCCACCCGAGGCCGUUCACCACCGCCACCAGUUCCUGUUCAACACCGCCCCCACAAUCUCGCGUGUCAAGGACGCCCCUGUCUACCCCACGUGAAGCUUCAACAGAGAUUAUCAUCUAUCCAAUACAGAAGGAAAAUAGAGUUGGGAGUGAACGACCUUGAGCUUGUCCAGCCCACCUUCGUUGUGCUUCUCCACUGUGUUCAUGUGCGGUAUUGCAAGCAUUCCUGUGUCGCGUGCAUGCUUUGGACUAUGUGUUUUCUAUUGUUAUGUAGUAUCUCCAGAUUUUCUAAACUAACUGGCUCAAUGAUAGAAUUGUGUAUCGCACAGUACAUGUAUUACUACUGGGAAUGUUCAGAAAUCAGAACUCAAAGAAGUAUUGACAGCACAAUUACUGUAUAUUCGAGGAGUCGGGUUUUGCUCCUGCAUCACCUCGUCUCCUCCGUUCAACAAAAGCCUCAGAAUCAGUUCAGAUCUCGAGAGAUCGUAAGUUUAGUCGGCCUUGGCAUCAUGAAUGGGUUCAGUUCGAUCUCGCACAGUGGGCAGGUCCCCGAUGUUGUGUCCGACGGUUCUACUCGCAUGAGUGGACGUCAGAUCGUGCAAGUGGGAAGGAACCCGAUGGUAAGAACUUGUUCUAUUACUGUUGCUAUCAAGUUGUUUGUUGAUAUCCUUAUAAGAAAUGAAAUAUCCUUUUUGAUAUUUCUUUGUUGCCAAAUAAAAAGUUAAUAUUUAUGGACAUGUGCAGUAUAAACAUUUGUUAUGGAGUAGUACACGUUUUAAAACUUUUAUAUAAUUGCAAAAAAAAAGUAAUUCUCAUUCCCAAAAACCUACAAAAAAAACAUCUACUUAUGGUGAUAGUUUUGGUUCUAGUCCUUAUGGCCUGGUUCAAGUAACUAUGUCGCCCCCGCGUUUUGGUUUCUUGUUAUCUCUCCUGAAUGCUUUUGAAGAUCUUCAAUUGUUUUUACUUCAUCUUUUGAAUGCUUUUCAUUACAUCUACUUACCAAUCGUAAGUCCAGUUUCCUUUGUGUUUCCAUGUUAUUUCUAUAGCACAACAGGUGUGUGUGGUUAUAUUAAUGAGCACAUGUAACAAAGUUUAUUUUGUAGGUUCAGAGAAGCAACGAGGUAAAAGCAAAACACUAAAACCAUGCAAUUCUUGUAAAGAUAUCCGAUAGUUCAACAAUAAAAUUAUAUAAGUUUAGUCUCAAGUGGAGAGAAGUUCCUAGUAGAAAACAAAAGUUCUUGUAAAAAGAUGGGACUUCCCCCAAGAAAAUAGCUUUUUGUACUAAAACCAUGCAAUUCUUGUAAAGAUCUCUAAAAGUUCUAUCGCCUAUGAGGAGGUCCCGCUAGUUGGCCAUCCUCCCCAAGGUCAAGUACGCGGACGCUUGCGAGGAGGAAUCCAUCUCUCUCUUGUUGCUCCCAUGCUUUAUUUGUACUAAGCUUUUGCGAAGAUGCUUAAAUGCACCUGUUUCUUAUAAUCUUUACAUACACACUCUUUCUAUUUUGUCCCUUGUGUAGCCACUUUGCCUUUUGAUGCAUAAAUGCACCUUCAGUGCAUGUUCUUCGGUGCGCCAAGUAUUGCCGGCAACGAUGCCUGCUUACGUCUUCCUCGUGUGAUUCGCCAAGGUUGCGUCAUCCUGAGAUAAGAAGAACGACAAGGAGGUAAAAGGAACACUAGACUUUUACAAAUUCUUCAGAUAAGAAGAACAACAAGGAGAUGGAGAUCACGAUCUUUUUUUUCGUGGAGCUGGCGCUGCUGCAGUACGACCUAGUCCAGUCUAAGCCCUCCAUGGUUGUUGCUGCUUUUUUCGCAACCAUUCUCGCCCUGAAGAAGACCCCUCUGUGGACUGACAAUCUAAAUUAUAGAUUUUUCUGAUCGGGGAAGGUGUGGAGCUUGCCUAAUUGCUUGCCUGCUAUGCAUGUGUUGAUGAUGCUGCUUCUCGGAGCCCUAAAUUUAGGAUCAGUACCACGUCCACAACCAGGCAGUCGGCCUUUGCAUCACGAACUGGUGCAGUUUGAUCUUGCGCAAAUGUCCGUGAUGAUACCAGCAAAAAUAUCUCUUGUGCACUUAUUUAUUCGCCUGAAUAUUUGGUUUGAUUCUCAGCUGCGAGAUGGCAGACGCCGACAUCGCUAAAUCCGUCUACAAACCGGUGGUUGGCUGCUCCCAGCGAUAAAUGUGGUCGGGUUCAGCAGCUAGCUCUUUUCUCGAGCAACCAUUUGGAGAACUUUAUUAUGUUCUUGUGGUAGUGAUUGAUUUUAGGAUCAGUAAAGUUGAUGUUGGUAGCUAGCUUGCGUAUGGAACCUGCAAAUUCAAUAUUGGCAUUAGAUUCA